CAACCUCGGAUGUAUAUGGACGGUUUACAUACUUAAAAAGUGGUACGUUUAAGUCCGCUGCAAAUAGAUCGCGUAGUAAUCUUAUUUAGUAGUUAAAAUUUAUGACUUAACUCUUGGGAAUCGUAAUUAUGUUUGCAAUAAUACACUUCACUGGCAAUCAAUUUAAGCUGAGAGCAAUGAAUACAACUCUUAAACACUACAUUUAAUUAAUGCUUUUAUUCAAAAAAAUACGGACUACUUCAACAGAUGUACCGGCAUACAUCCGAGGUUGUUUUUGAAAAAAUGGCCGAGGAGUUCCGAAUGUUCAUACCGAUAACGAUAGUGUUAGGGGAAGGAACUCCAGACUAUUGAAAAUGUUAUAAAAUUUUAUAUUACUGUUGUGUGCACCUUUAAGUUAUGGACGCUGAUAUUUCAAAACAUUAAAGCAGAGCUAACAAGUGAACAAUCAUGGGCAAAUUAAAUGCGUUUUUAAUUACAUUGAACAAUCCUCAUUUAGUUUACUUUGCUGGUCAGACAAUAGACGGAUAUGUUACAGUGGAAUUAAACGAUGCCAUGAAAAUGAGAGGUGUUCGCCUGCAAUUUCUAGGACAUGCCCGUGUGCAUUGGACGGAGACACAUCAGACUGGGUCGGGGAAAAACCGUCGCACAGAAACCAGGCACUACUCAUCCUCGGAAACAUAUUUCAAUUUUGAGCUCCUGCUCUUUGGACCAGGUAAUGACAGCACACAUUUGCAAGCGGGCCAUCACACUUAUCCAUUUUCCUUCCUUCUACCACCCAACCUGCCAUCCUCAUAUGAGAGUCACAUUGGCAAUGUGCGCUACUCCCUCAAGGCAAAGAUUGACAAGCCAUGGAAGUUUGACCACAAGACACAGAAAAUGUUCACUGUGGUCAGCAUGCUAGACCUGAACCAGCAACCUUCUGCAACUGUUGCAGUGCAGGGUGAGAACGAGAAGAACCUGUGUUGCCUGUGCUGCAAGUCUGGACCGAUACACGCCCUGUUCCGGGUGGACAGGGCGGGGUACGUGCCGGGAGACACCAUCUACCUGAAUGCGGAGAUCUCCAACCACUCAACUCGCCGCAUGAAGGCCUCUCGUGUCCGUCUCAUCAUGACCACAGUAUACCAUGCAACAACCAAAUCGCGCACAGAGAGAAAGGAUGUAGCUAUGGUAAAUAAGGGUGAGAUAUCACCAGGGGGGAGUGUGACGUGGUCGGGGGAGCCGAUGGUCGUCCCUGCUGUUCCCCCAUCUUACCUGGUUGGAUGCAGCAUCAUAGACAUCAGAUACAUUCUACAGCUGGAAGUCGACCCAGCAGGGCCUGGAUUUGACCUUGAGGUUCCGCUGGAGGUGAUCGUGGGCACCAUCCCUCUACGACAGGUGGUGCAGCAGUACUACCCAAUGCCCCAGCCUACCCUCUCACCACCAUCUGCCCCACCCCUUUCACAGCCUGCAGGUGCAUCUGCUCCAUUCAACCUCCCCCCUCCAAGUUACGCUGAGUGUGUGUUUGGGAAGGUGGGAGUACGUGAGGAUGAGGAUAGCGACCACAUGGGCGGCGAUGUCGACUUCGCACCCAGCUACGCGUACUACGACUGGUCCAAGUCUAAUGUGAGAUAGACAUACUCAUCGACAAACAGGAUGACUAUUUGUCUACAUAAUCACUUCAGCUUUAAUGAGAAUCCAGACAAAUGCUGAACUUAUGUUAUUUUUAAGUUUAAGAAGAUUGUGUCUUUUUUUUGAUAGCUACAUACCCUUUCAUUUUAGAAAAAGGUUAUCAACACUAUUCCAUGUACAAUUUUUAGUUUACAUAAAGCCAUGUUACAUGAAUUAUUUUACUGUAGUGAUAUACAUAUUUAGGUUGGUUCUCUGUUGUAUUAACAAUAUAUUUUCAUCUAUUUUAUAAUCUAUUUGUUUGUUAGUGAUAAAUUGUGCCGGCCUUCUUGAUAUAUAUCUUGUUUAUGUAACUGUUUUCUUAAAAUUACUUGUUUAUAUGACCGGUUUCUUAAAAUUCCUUGUUUAUAUCACUUGUUUCUUAUUAUUGCUUGUUUAUAUGACUUGUUCCUUAUUAUUGCCUGUUUAUGUGACUUGUUCCUUAAUUUGCUUGUUUAUAUCACUGGUUCCAUGUGUGUUUUAACAAUACCUCAGUACUCCUAGUGUAUCCAUAUUUAUUAAAAAAAGAGAUUAACAAUGUGUUAUUAUAUGACUGUAUGAAACAUGCAUUAUGUAAUCCUUAUGAAGUCUGUAGUGCUCGUGACGAUCAGGGGAAAUGAGCAAGAAAUAAGUGUAUGUGGCUCAAUAGAGACAUGUGAAAUAUAUAUUUAUAUGUAUAUGUAUCUUAUAUCUGCCUCAAACAAACUGCAAUAAACACACAUUAAAUAGAUCUAAAUAAUAACUUUAAUAAACAAAGACAUUUUCUAAUAAGAUCUAUUAUCCAAAGGAAUCCAUAUACAUGAGAUAUUAAACAUGUGAUACUCAUUUUCCACUAAAAAGCCUGUUGUUAUCUCUUGAUCUCUCCCCCUCACCUAUUAUUUUGAUCGACAUGAUUAAAUAUUCUAAGUACCCGGUACACAAAAUAUGAUACUGUACUUCAUGACUGUUAAUCUAGUUGACGUUUUCUGUGAUCACAUAUCUAGAUUUAUUCUUGGUGUUGUGAAAAAGUGACAGCUAUCAUCUUACAAUCAACAUGGCACAAAUACAUCUUCAGCUCAAUAUAUGAUAUAUGUAUAUAUCCACAUGCCUAUCAUGUUAUACCUUUAAUCCCAUGUAUUUGCAAUACAUACUAUUUAUUUUUUUCUGUUUGAAAGAAGUGGGAGCUAAAUUAUUCCCACUGAUUUGCAAUUAACCAGCAUUCAUGUGUUUAGGUUAAAACAGAUAAACCCAGCUGUUUUUCGUAUAUACUCGGCAAAAAAAAUCAUGCGACAUGGUAUAUAACUGAAAAAUAUGUACUUCGAUCUUUUCCUGUAUUAUAACAUAUGAAAUGAUAAUCUUAGCCAGUGUUUUUGCUACCAAAUUCAGAAUGAUUCAUUGUUUAUGACAAAAUGUUCUGUUUGUCUUCGCAAAACAUGAAAAGUAGAAAGAAUAGUCCUGUUUUCUUUAAUGUUCAAACAAAGUUCACUUGAAAGUACAAGCUCAUUGAACAAAUGAUGGUGAUAAGGCAAUUACAAUGAUUUGGCAACAAUAACACAAUGUUAAAAAUGACGGGGCAGCAUACUUUGCAUUCAUGGCGUAGAAAUAUGUCGGCAAUGUCAUUUAGUAUUUUGUACUUUCAGAUAGAUAGUGUAACAAAAAUAAUUUUAUUAAUUAAAUAUACGGUUAUUUAACAAUAAUGUCAAACAGACUAUGUCUAUCCAUGAAUAGCUAUGUCCAUACAAACGCUGGUAUUAAAUGUUAAUUCUUUCUGUGAAAGAUCAUUCAGUAGUUUCAAUCCUGAUUGAAAUGAAAAGCCCGAGCCUGACAAUGGUUGAUCAUUGUUCUUAAUUUGAAGCGGUAUUUCAUGUUUAUACAGGAAGUUUUCUUCUUCAAACUCUUGGAUGGAAGAGGAUCUAAAUUAAAACAUAAGCCAAUCUACACAAUAAUCUGUCAAAUGAAAUAUCCAAAUAACUACACAUUUAAGGAAAAAUUUGAAAUCUUGAAAUUUGACUUUGCUGUUUUUAAAUUAAAAUUGUGUCUUUUGACAUCAGACCCCUACACCUACCCAUAUCAAAUAAAAAAAAAUAUGCUGUAAAUGAUCAAUGAAUAGCGAUUCUUACACAUAUUAGGGUAGGUAAGAGCUUAAAGUGACACUCUUAUUCAAAAUCACUACCUACACAUGUUUAACAAACCGUGUGUAUUCAAUAGCAGAAAACGCAAAAAAAUAUUAAAUGACUGGUGAGUGAUAAAAGAUUUACUAUGAUCUACUAUUGUUUCAUAAGGUAAAAAUACCAUGUUUUCUGUACCUUUCUUUCAAAUUAAACUUGUUAUCCUUCAUAAGAAAUCAUUGUUGUCGACAUUUAUUCAUUCUUUUUGGUAUAUUAAAACAAUUGUAUUAAUUGUGUUAAAUCUUAUUUGGGAGUAAGAAUGCAUCUUUAAAUUUUCCAAAAAUGUAUAGCUCUUGUAAUGGGUAAAUAUUAGAUUAGAAAUAUUAAUACUUAAAUUCAUUGUUCCAGGAUUUUUUGCCGAAUAUGUAUUUGAAGUCUUUUUCUGAUUUUAUCCAGAUAUCUUAACUUGAUAAGUAAAUGUUUAAGAUGUUAAUGAUUUUAUUAUAGUAAAAGUAUUUAGAUUUAGGUUAAUAUUUUUAUUGUUUGUUGUUGUUUAGUGGUAACUGUGUAACAAUUUGUCUUCAAACAGUGUCGGAAUCUUGUGAACUUUGGGGUUUUAUUUACAAAAUUGAUGGUACUAUUGAUUCUAAACAUGACAAUUUUGUAAUAAACAUAUUCAAACAGA